AGCAGUGGGGCUUGUGCCUCGCCCUUCUGCCCUGUCGGGAAAGGCGGAGGAUGCUGGAAGAAACGGCUCCGUGGGGAGCGGUGCCCGCCCUCCUGGCGUUCAUCCUGCCUCUGGCAGCGCGGAGGCCUUGGGAGCCGCUCAGUGGGUUUCUUUCCAUUACCGUGGUGGUUGGUGUUUAACUCUCGUGAAGCUGAAUCGAGCUAACAGUUACAAAAAAAAAAAAAAAAGUUUGUUUAUUUAUCUUUUUAAAAGCAAGUUUGAAGUUUUCUAGCUAGUCUUUGUUUUUUAAAGUUUACUGUAAAGAAUCCAAAUCCAUGAGAAAUUAAAGUAGUUGUAUUAAUAGUAUAGAUCUGACUUCUGAUUUGAACAGAAGGCUGAUGGAUGAGUAGGUAGUUUGCCACGUAUGCUGUUAUCUCUUAAAAUCCCUUCUUUGUAUGUGCCUGGCAGUCUGGUACACUUGGGAGAGAGGAGUAAGGUACUUUUUUCUCAAUUCUAAUGGAUUGAGGGCAGCCCUGAGGACAAGGACUUGGGGUGUUGGUGGAUGAGAAACUCAACAGGAGCUAAUGAUGUGCUCUUGCAGGCCCGAAAGCCAACCGUAUCCUGGACGGCAUCAAAAGAAUUGUGACCAGCAGGUCGAGGGAGGUGAUUCUGACUCUCUACUUUGCUCGAGACUCACCUGGAGUACUGUGUUCAGUUCAGGAGUCCUCAUUACAGGAAGGAUGUGGAUCUGCUAGAAAUUAUCCAGGAUGUCUUCACUUACAGAAAAAGACAGUCCAGUUGUUCAGCUCUUAAUGAACACCGGCACUUGCCCACGAUGUAUUUUGAGGUUCUGCUGUGUGGGAUCACAGGUGAUUUAUAGACGUCCAUACAAGGAUUUGAUGAAGGAUUUAAAAGAAUUUCUGAAAAAUAAUGAAGAAAAAGAAGUUACAAUUUGUUUUGAUGAAGUUGAUCCACCUUGUAAGAGAAUCAGACUUGAACACACAGAAGAAGGGCGUGAUGAUCUGAACCACAAUGGAGCACUUCAGCAGAUUCCAUCGGCUAAUGAUGACGAUACUGCAAUGAAGAACUCAAUUGUGAAGAUUUGCAAUGUGUGUUUGGGAAUUCUUCAGGAGUUCUGCGAGGCUGAUUUUGUUAAAAAGGUGUGCCAGAAGGUUAAAUCUGCUGACUACCAGUUCACUAGUUUUGUAUUUUCUGUGUCGCUACCCCCACAGCUGUCUGUUAGGGAGCGUGCUGCUUGGCUACUGGUAAAACAGGAAAUGGGAAAACUGGGCCUUUCCUUGGCAAAGGAUGAUAUUGUUCAGCUGAAAGAAGCUUAUAAGUGGAUUAUUCAUCCCCAAUUGUCAGAAGAAUUGGGUGUUCCUGCUGAUGGAAAGAGUUUGUUUGAAGUUAGCGUGGUCUUUGCUCACCCAGAAACAGAGGAGGAGUGCCAUUUCCUAGCCACAGCCUGCCCAGACUGUUUCAAACCAGCAAAGAACAAACAGUCUGUUUUCACUAGAAUGGCAGUUAUAAAAGCUCUAGAGAAGAUAAAAGAAGAGGAUUUUCUUAAGCAUUUUCCAUGUCCCCCAAGUUCGCCAAAGAACCUCUGUGUUGCUCUGGAAAUUCAGUGCAAUAAUGGUGCAAUUUUUGUGGCUGGAAGAUAUAAUAAAUAUUCAAGGAAUUUACCUCAGACUCCCUGGAUUAUUGAUGGGGAGAGGAAGCUGGAAUCUUCAGUUGAAGAACUGAUUUCAGAGCAUCUAAUGGCAGCAUUCAAAGCAGAUAGCUUUAAUUUUUCUUCCUCUGGAAGAGAAGAUGUGGAUGUAAGAACGCUAGGCAAUGGAAGGCCCUUUGCAAUUGAGCUUGUGAAUCCUCGUAGAAUACAUUUUACUGCUGAGGAAAUGAAGGGACUUCAGCAGACAAUUAAUAACUCUUCAGACAAAAUACAGGUUCGAGAUUUACAGCUUGUCACCAGAGAGGCAAUUGGUCGUAUGAAGGAAGGCGAAGAGGAAAAGACAAAGACAUAUAGUGCCUUAGUAUGGACAGAUGAAGCAAUACAGAAAGAAGAUAUUGCAUUUCUAGAUGAUAUCAAGGAAUUAAAACUUGACCAGAAGACACCUCUCCGGGUUCUUCACAGAAGGCCUUUGGCUGUAAGAUGUCGGAUCAUUCACACCAUGAAAUGCGAGUACAUCGACGAGCAUCAUUUUCGUCUGCAUCUGAAGACUCAAGCAGGAACCUACAUUAAAGAAUUUGUGCACGGAGACUUUGGAAGAACAAAGCCCAAUAUUGGCUCCCUGCUGAACAGAACCACUGACAUUCUGGAGUUGGAUGUAGAGUCUGUUGACGUUGACUGGCCUCCAGCCCUGGAAAAUUAACUUUUCAAGCUGGGAUGAGGAAGAAGCAUCUCCUUUGUUGGCAGCUUGUUACACUACAAAGUAUUGCAGCUUGGUCUCAAAGUGUUUCUGUUGAACAUUUGGAUCAUGUUGAUCUGCCCAAGGAUACUGUUACUUUGAAUACAUUUUAAACACUCUGAAACAGGUAGUGCUCAUUCAAUCUCUAGCCUUAUUUUGAUUGAAUUAAUCUAGGCAUGAAAAAGAUUUUGAGAAGCAGUGUAUUGGUAUUAAGUCUUUUUAAAAAUCAAUUAAGAAAAAGAUAAAUGGUGUAACAUGCAAAUGGUGUACUGAGCCAGUACAUCAAAUAUGUUUUCUGCAGUAUUUUAAAAUGUUUUAAUUAAAAAUAACCCUCCCUCAAGGCAGAUUUUUUUAAACUCUUUUUAUAUUGGAUGCUGCAGCUUUUCUUGUCCAGAUGCAGGUAGCACUGAGUUACCUAAAACCCUGUCCUAACUUUUUCUGCACACUAUUGAUGCUGGAGUAUUUCCCAAAAGUAAGGGUGAAUCUGAAAUCAGUAGGAUAGCGCCUGGAACGAGGCAGCCCGCUGCUCUCUGCUGACUUCUUUUUGGUCAGUGUCAAGUUUCAGAGAUGGGCAAAUUUGUCUCCCACAGAAAGUACUUUUCAAAGGGAAAAGCAGCUUUCAGAGGAAAACUUUGCACUUAAAACCAUGUUUUUCUCAGUUAAAAACAUCAGCGAUGCUUCCUAGAAACAGCAGUUGAGGUACUAAAGGCCUCAGCAGCUCUUUGACCUGCUUAUAGUCCUCUGCAGGCGUAGGAUUUCCCCAGCUGAGUCACGGUAUAUAAAAAGAUUGGGAACUCCUGGCAGUGGUACCAGAAAAGAAAAAUAGGAAUAACAGGAACCUCAAAGUGCAAGCAAAUAUAAAAUGGACCAAAAAAUGUCAGUAUUGAGAGACCAGGACAGAUAAAAAGCUUUGCUUUGUAGCAUAAUACAUUUUUUCUAGUACCUAACCUUGGAUGGAUGCCUGGAAGAGUUGGAACAUUGCCUAGGAGCUUGCUGGAAUAGAGAAGACAGGAGUUUUUUUGUCUGUGCUUGUGUGAUUUUAAAUGUUUCAUACAAAGCACCACUUACAUCUUUAGGAAAAGCCACUUUUAUACCUGUAUCAUGUUAAUCCAUUAGGAAGAUGCUUCUGCUUACUGGAGGUACAGAAGAGAGUUAAAUUAUGAACAAGAAAUUAAGGUUUGGAAUUUAAGGGCUCUUCAUUAAUUAAAAUUUCAGUAAUAAAAAGGGUAAAAUUUCAGUAAUAAAAAGGGUAAAAAUUUCAGUAAUAG